AUUGCGAAGAAUAGAUGGAUCAUGGCGGCUUGGCAAUCCUAUUGGAAGAUCCCUAGUGAAUGAAGGAAAGGAAACAAAAAAAAAUGUAAUGUGGCUGAUGAAGUUUGAGUGAUGUGAAUGGAGACAAAACUGAUUAGUUCAUUUUAGCGUUUGACUUGUAGGCGUUGGGUUGCAGAUGCUCAAAUGAUCCACAUGCAGUUAGCACGCAAGCAUGCAAUCCGUUAACUGAAUUUUCUAUCAUAUACAGCUAGAUAGUACGUAGAGUCUGGCAAUGCUUUCAUGUUUAAGAUCCGGCUAGAGUUACUUGAACCUCAUCUCUACAGUUCGUUACGAGACUGUGAGUCGCGUUGCGCACGUGCUAUAAGCCAAGAAACGAUCUGGAAAUAGACAAGUUGUACGAGUGGCCAAAACUGUGUGGGCUCCCAUAUCUAUGACUUAAUAGUGUGUGGCUAUAUGUAUCCUCGUGUGUGGCGUGCUGUUGGAUGCUAGCCCGAAAUCUAAUAAUUCCCGCUUUCGCUGUUGUAUCCUAGUCCAAAAACCAAUAGUUCUCGCUUUGUCAUUUCCUUUUAUAUGAUUGGUGCAGACUGCUAAGAUCUCAGUUGGUUAGAACUCUCUGCUCAAGAAAGGAACAAGGAAGAUUUCACAAGCUCGAAACUCGUUGGCCUCAACGUUGAGGAAAGCAGCCGAGAGACUCCUUCAAAUUCUGAUGGCGAUCCUCAUAUCUUGUGUUACCUCCAAAGCCUUGGCGCCAUACAUUCCAGAGGUUUCUCGGCAACGAGGGGGCAAGGGUAUAUCUGUAUCAGCUCAACGCCGGCAAACCCUUGUCGGCUUAACCAUGAAGUCUUGGGGCAUCAACCGUGUUCAGCCGAUAAGAAGAGCAACACAAAUCCGUGCAGUUGGCCCCGGAGAACUGCCAGCAGGAGGAGAUUUCUCAUUGCCCGAUCUAUUUUCCAACAUACCUUCAUGGGUCACAUUCGUCGUCGGUGCCUCCUUUGCUGCGGUGCCUUUCUACAGACAGAUGAGAGCAAUGCAGGAUAAGGCGGAGGAGACCGCAGAGGCAGCAAUCGAGGUGGUCGAUAGGGUGGCGGAGGCGGCUGAGAAAAUCGCCGAAGAUGUCUCUGAGGCGUUUCCCGAGAAUCAAACCAUAAAGAAGGCAGCAUCCAGGAUCAAGGCCGUCGCAGAUGAGAUCGAGGAGGACGCGGACAAGGCCGAGGCCCUACUUCGUAAGCUUGAUCAGAUAGAGGAAGAGGUGGACGAAGUAGUGGAUUCUUUUACGAAGAAGAAAUCGGAGAGAAAGAACCCAUGAAGAGGAGACAAACGGGAUGACGAAGAAAAGUAACACUUACUGGUAGUAGGUGUUAACAAAGUACAGAGGGAAAAUUCAUGAUUCGUUGUCAUUAUCUCGAUCAUUGUUUAUUUGCAGUCUAAA